CUCGCCGCGGCCCUGCCCCUGGCCCUCCCCCAGGGCCUCGGCGGAACUGAGGAGUCCCUGGCUGGACACGGACAGCGGGCAGGUGUCUCUCAGUGGAGGCGCAAGGGGCGCUGACCUCUGCUCCCUGCUAUCCUACCGCCCGGCCCCGAGGGUGGAGUCCGGCCGCCCAGUCUGCACACCUCCAGCUGCGCAGGUGGCUGGGCAGGGCCUGGAAACCAAGUCAUAGGAGCCAGAAGUGAGCGAAGAAGGCAGGGCUGCUGUCAGAGGACAGGAGUCCCUCCCGCCUGGACUCCUCGCUCGCCGGUCGCUGGAAGCCCUCGGAGCCGCCACCAUGGGGACGUCCAAAUCAUAUAGUUGCUUUGGUUAUCCCCUGAGCAUCUUCUUCAUCGUGAUCAAUGAGUUCUGCGAAAGAUUUUCCUACUAUGGCAUGAAAGCACUCCUCAUUCUGUACUUCACACGGUUCUUUAAAUGGGACGACAACCUGUCCACCGCCAUCUACCACACCUUUGUGGCCCUCUGCUACCUGACGCCUAUCCUUGGUGCUCUCAUUGCCGACUCCUGGCUGGGAAAAUUCUCGACCAUCGUGUCACUAUCCAUCGUCUACACAAUUGGGCAGGCAGUCACCGCAGUAAGCUCCAUUCAUGACCUCUCAGACUUCGACCACGAUGGAACCCCCAACAAUCUUCCUUUACAUGUGGCGCUGUGCAUGAUCGGCCUGGGCCUGAUAGCUCUCGGCACUGGAGGAAUCAAGCCCUGUGUGUCUGCAUUUGGUGGAGAUCAGUUUGAAGAGGGCCAGGAAAAACAAAGAAACCGAUUCUUUUCCAUCUUUUAUUUGGCCAUUAAUGCUGGAAGUUUGCUCUCUACUAUCAUCACUCCCAUUCUCAGAGUUCAAGAAUGUGGAAUUCACAGUAAGCAAGCUUGUUACCCACUGGCGUUUGGGGUUCCUGCUGCUCUCAUGGCCGUUGCUCUGAUUGUAUUUAUCGCUGGCAGCAGCAUGUACACGAAGUACCAGCCCCAAGGGAACAUCAUGGGUGAGGUGGCCAAGUGCAUUGGGUUUGCCAUCAAAAAUAGGUUUAGGCACCGGAGUAAGGAAUUUCCCAAAAGGGAGCACUGGCUGGACUGGGCCCAGGAGAAGUAUGACGAGCGGCUUAUCUCUCAAAUUAAGAUGGUGACGAAGGUGAUGUUCCUGUAUAUCCCACUCCCCAUGUUCUGGGCCUUGUUCGACCAGCAGGGCUCAAGGUGGACGCUGCAAGCAACAACGAUGAAUGGGAAAAUUGGACUUCUUGACAUUCAGCCGGAUCAGAUGCAGACCGUGAAUGCCAUCUUGAUCGUUGUCAUGGUCCCCAUCGUAGACGCUGUGGUGUAUCCCCUGAUUGCAAAAUGUGGCUUCAACUUCACCCCUUUGAAGAAGAUGACAGUCGGCAUGUUCCUGGCUUCCAUGUCUUUCGUGGUGGCUGCAUUUGUGCAGCUGGAAAUUGAUAAAACUCUUCCCGUCUUCCCCGAAGGAAACCAAGUCCAAAUUAAAGUACUGAAUAUAGGAAGCAAUAACAUGACUAUAUAUUUUCCUGGAGAGACGGUGCACGUUGGCCAAAUAUCUGCAACAAAUGAAUUUAGGACUUUUGAUUUGGACAAAUUGACAAGCAUAAACAUUUCUUCUCCUGGAUCACCAGUCACUCCAGUAACUCCUGAUUUUCAGCAGGGCCAUCGCCAUACUCUUCUAGUGUGGGGCCCCAAUGAUUAUCGAGUGAUAAAGGAUGGCCUUAACAAGAAGCCAGAAAAAGGACAAAAUGGAAUCAGAUUUGUAAAUGCUUUUGGUGAGAGCUUGAACGUCACAGUGGAUGGGAUCCUCUAUGAAGACAUUACCAGUUACAAUGCCAGCAAAUAUCAGUUCUUUUCUUAUGGCACGAAAAACAUCACACUGAGCUCACUAGGGAUUCCAGGAGGCUGCAAUAACUUUUUUAAAUCAUUAGACUUUGGAUUCGGUAGUGCAUAUACAUAUGUAAUCACCGAGAGUGGUAGAUGCCCUAAACUGGAUGCAUUUGAAGAUAUUCCACCCAAUACCGUUAACAUGGCCCUGCAAAUCCCACAGUAUUUCCUCAUGACCUGCGGCGAGGUGGUUUUCUCUGUCACCGGACUGGAGUUCUCAUAUUCUCAGGCUCCUUCCAACAUGAAGUCGGUGCUGCAGGCAGGAUGGCUGCUGACAGUGGCUGUGGGCAACAUCAUCGUGCUCAUCGUGGCAGGAGCAGGCCAGAUCAAGGAACAGUGGGCCGAGUACAUUCUGUUUGCUUCGUUGCUUCUGGUUGUCUGCAUCAUCUUUGCCAUCAUGGCUCGAUUGUAUACUUACAUCAAUCCGGCGGAAAUUGAAGCUCAGUUUGAUCAGGAUGAAAAAAAGAAGAAGCCAGAAACCGUAUAUGCCGAAAUAGAUUCCGCCUCACAGACGUUGCAGACAAAGAUGUGAAUGUCAGGAAGCCAGUGGAGGACGAAUUGGGCCCAGAGUAUGCCCUGACUUGUGUCUCCAGGUGGCAGGAUGCUGUUGGGUGGCCCCUAAUGGGGACGAUGUCAGCAUUAUGAACCAAACCAAGAAAGCAAUUUUCUAAGCAGCCCUCAAUGAACCUAAAACUCUGGAAGAAGCCUUUUUUUUUUUUUU